AAAGACUAAACGCGUACUUAAACCCUAGAUAAACCCCUUUAUCAGUUUUUACACAUAACAAGAAGGAAGCCUGAGAGAAGAGUAGAAUAAGCAGACCCACAAAAAGAGAAGAGCAAAGCAGACAUCUUUCUGAGUUCCCAUGACGUCUGAGGCUUCUGACGGGGAUAAAAAAUUGCGCAAGAGACGUAAUGGUUGUAAUUCAAUAGAGGACACUCUGGCUAAAUGGAAGAAUUACAAUGACAGAUUUGAUCUUGCAAAAGAUGGAGUGAAAAAGACUCAGAGGACCCCAUCUAAGGGUUCCAAAAAGGGGUGUAUGAAAGGGAAAGGAGGGCCUGAGAACUCAGAUUGUGUUUAUAGAGGUGUUAGGCAGAGGACUUGGGGCAAGUGGGUAGCUGAAAUUCGAGAACCUGCAAGGGCCAUGUAUGGUGGUUUGGCCAGGCUCAACUUUCCACAAAACACUAUGAAAUUGAAGAAGUAUUCUAAUUCUGUGUCUUCUGGAACAACUAAAACAACAUCAUCAUCAUAUGAGUCUUUAACAACAUAUAAUAAUGGGGAUGAGGCAGAGGGAUUGGACAUGAGCAGCAAGUGUGCUAUGGAAAGCUCUCGAUCUGUGGUAGGCGAAUCGAAGGAAAGAUCUGACUUCUUUGAGGAUUGUGUGCAUAAAGAGCCGAAGCAAGAAAAUGAUUGUUCUGUGGGUUUUGCGACACAGGAUUUUGAGGUGUCAGAUGCUACUCUAAGAGAAGCUAAAGAUGUGAAAUGCGAAUCGGAAACUGAGUAUGAGCUUGCCAGAAAUGAUGCUGAACAAACAAGUGUUUUUCAAACCGGGAGUUAUGAAAGCUUCAACCGUAGGCCUGAUUACUUGCAUAAUGAGCUACAGGUUGUGAAUCUUGAUUCAGUACCUGAUGGGAAGCCUUAUUAUAAUGAUUGGGAAUCUUUGGAGACUCUUUUGAGGUCCAACAACGAUUACUUAAAUAAUGAGCUUGUAGAUGUGGAAUGCAAUGGAAGAAAUGAUUGCAACCCUUUAGAGGAUGUUAAUGUUGAGAAACCGGUAACGAACGAAGCCCUGGAGAAAGAAUUUCCCAUGAUUCUGGAAUCCGGAAGUCACAAUGACCCAGAUGAUAGCUGCCACUAUAUGCAUAAUGAGCAGAUAAAUGUGGCCAGCAAUCUGGUAACAGCCGAUUUUGAGCCAUCUAACGAUGUUAAGGGAUCAAUGACGGAUCAAGAAUUGCAGGGAGGUCUUGUAGAAACUACGAACUUAAAUGGCCAUAAUGGCUUCAUAGAUAGUUAUGCUUGCUCAGAUGACAUUAGGCCUUCAAAUGAUAUCGAAAUGCAGGAGAACAGACUUGCCAACUUGCAUAAUUGGUCUGUAGAAGAAUCAUACGGCAUUGAUGCUCAGAACCAACAAUGGGGAAGGCUGCCUAAUCUCCCUAACCAAUUACAGACACAACCACAGGUUAACAUACCAGGAAGCUUGGCUCAUAUGGAGGAAGCAAGUUUAGGCAUCGAUUUCGAUGUAGAUUUGUUCAGGCAAAAUUAUGAUUCAGGUGGAUUAGAAGAGCAGUUGUUUCAUGGUUCAUGGUUCCCUUACUCUUAGUUGAGACUAGCUGAAUUGGAUGCUUGUUGAUAUUGUAGUUUAUGUUUCUACAAAGGAGGUUUAAUCAACGACGUGCGUUUUGGUAUUCUGUGCUGCAGUGCUUGUGAUUCAUGUUCAUGCAGACUUGCAGAAGGAUUCUGAUAUUUUCUUUGGAUCAAGGAUCAAACUAAGUGAAUUAGCUGUAUUUUGUUGCAGGGGAAAAAAAACAAGUCUCCAUCUUCCAUUGUGAUGGAUCUUGUCUUUUCAUUUUAGAAUCUGCGUCAUUUUGUAAACAUUUUGUAGGUGUCAACAUGAUUCUCUUAAUAAUAUCAUACUAUGUCCUUUGG